AUGGCAGACGUGGAACCAGAACCAGUUGUGGAGGAGCAUCAUACGCUUGCCACUGCUCCUCCUAGCUUCUCUUUUGAAUUCGAUUCCAUCUCGAUCCCUCCUCCUCCCUUUUGUGAUAACUUGUACAAUUAUAGCUCCGAUCAGGCUCUACUUGAGAACUCCAUCUCCGAUCUGAGGUUUUUUAUUGACGGGGACGGUGACUUGGAGUUGACUUUUGAUUGUGUCGACGACCUCUACUUUCCUCCUGAGAACGAAUCGUUCGUCAUUCCUGUUGAUACUACGAACCGUGAGAUGUCCGGUGACUUUUCGCCGGUGUUGGGAAUCUCAGGCGAUUGUGGAUUGUCUACUUCAGGCUGCUGCAGUGGAGAAUCGCCUAUGGAUUCCGAUUGCUCCGGUACUGGGCGGAGCUUGAGUUUAUCGACUCAGGAUUCGGCGAAUUGCGUCGCUGGUGUCUCGGAAGCUACAAUUGCGUCGUCGUCGACUUCACCUAAAUCAGAAAAAGUGAUGGUCGAUCAGGAAUUUAAAGUGACUACGUUUAAGACAUCCAUAACGAAGAGGAAAAAGGAGAAUGAAGAAGAUUCGAGCGAGGAAUCGAGGAAGAAUAAGUACAGGAGAUCGGAUGAAGAUGGUGGUGAAGAAGAUGACGAGAAGAAGAUCGCGAAACUCAUAAGAAACCGUGAGAGCGCUCAGCUUUCAAGGCAGAGGAAGAAACACUACGUAGAGGAGCUACAAGACAAAGCUAAGAAUCUGCAAUCCACAAUAACGGAUUUGAACAGUAAGAUCUCUUAUUUUAUGGCUGAGAACGCCACUUUGAGGCAGCAGGUGGGUCCCGGAAGGGGCAUGUGUCGGCCACGCCAUCAACCGCCGCCACCGUCUGGAGUGUAUCCACCGUUGGCUCCGAUGCCUUAUCCAUGGAUGCCUUGUCCGGCGUAUAUGGUCAAACCGCAAGGCUCUCAAGUUCCUUUGCUUCCUAUUCCUCGGUUGAAACCACAACAAUCGGUGGCUAAGGUGAAGAAGUCAGAGAGCAAGAGAAGUAAAGCUACGACCAAGAAGGUUGCGAGUGUUAGUGCUCUUGGUCUUCUCUUUUGUCUAGUUUUGUUCGGUGCAUUGGCUCCCAUUGUGAAGUUAAACUACGGGAAUGCCUUUUAUGGCGAGUAUGAUCAGCUUAGAGGAAGAGUUUUGGAUGUCAAUGGCCGCUUAGAUGCGUCUGUUAUUAGUAAGAGAGCACAUUGUGGGAGAGAUUCUGAUCAAGGAGUGGGAAGAAACGUAUCUGCAAGAGAGAACUCUGUGCCUCCUGGAAACGGUGUUGAACCUCUAGUUGCAUCGCUGUUUGUUCCGAGGAAUGAAAAGCUUGUGAAGAUGGAUGGAAAUUUGAUUAUUCAUUCUGUUCUGACGAGCGAGAAUGAAGGAGAAAGCGGCGUAGCACUGCGUUUAUCUGACUCCACAAGGACCGGAGAAAUGUCUAAGCACCUCAAUAGCGAAAAGCGGAAAGCUUUGUCAUCUUCUGGCUCUGAUGGUUCGAAAGACAAACUCAACUCAACAACAGCCAAUGGUGAGAUGCAGCAAUGGUUUCGUGAAGGAGUUGCAGGGCCAAUGUUCAGUUCGGGGAUGUGCACCGAAGUGUUUCAGUUUGACGUCUCCUCAACCUCCGGAGCCAUCAUUCCAGCUACUCAACAGCCCAAGAACACCACUGAUUCACACAAGGGAAAGCAUAACAGAAGAAUCCUCCGUGGUGGUCUUCCUUUAUCCGAUUUCAAUCUAACAAAAGAUCAAAACAGCUCUAGCAAAGAGAGCUUCGGCACAACCAAGCCAGGCCCAUCAACGGUUGUAUCUGUGCUUGUUGAUCCCAGAGAAGGUAGUGAUGGAGACAUCGAUGGUAUAAUGGGAGGAACAAAAUCACUGCCCAGAGUUUACAUAGUCGUGCUUGUGGACAGUGUGAAGUAUGUAACGUACUCUUGCGUUCUUCCAUCACCACAAGUCCCUCAUCUUGUGACCACUUGA